AUGGCCGACACCGGCACCCCGUUGAGGGACAAAGAGCGCUUUUUCCAUCAGCUGGAAGCCAUCGGAAAUUUGAGCGACGACGAUGAAGACGAGUUUGGAGAGGCUGAGAAACAGCACCGACGACAACUAAAGGCCUUCCAAGCUGCGGCGCAACCUCGACAACCGCUUCAAGAGCGGAGCCAAGAGUCUCUGCGGUCACUCGCUAUUUCUCAACACCAACCAAAUCCAACUCCCAGAAGGAGUGCUUCGGAUCCGAUCAUCGCGCAACUCGCGGAGCUCAAACGGAAGGACGUCAUUGAAAGAACACCACUCGCCGAGAUCAAGGGUCCGGGAAGGAAAGAUCGCGACGUCGCCCCUCCUGCGGAAACCAGUUUCAUUGAAGAUACCCCGAUUCCGGAUACUUCGUUGAGACAACCGCUGCAGCCAUUACUUACUCUCACGAGGACCGCUUCUACACCGCUUCCAGUAAAACAGCAUUUGACUGCUCAUCCGGCGGAUCAUUCCCCUUCUGUCGCCGCCAUGAAGAAGAGAAAGAGGGAUGCGAGCGUCAAGGUCGUGCCCGAGGCUCAGCAGGUCUUGCGCGGAAGGCGACACUACUACAUCCCGAACGAUGAUAUCGCACCCGCAAGAAGGAUGCGCAUCAGGAAAUCCCUGGAGUACGGAGCCACCUGGGUGCGAAAUUUGGAAGAAGCAACGCAUGUCGUCGUGGACAAGCACCUGGAGUGGAAGAACAUCGAAAAGAUCCUGUGCGGUACAGACCAUCUCACAUUCACCCUUGUCAACGACGAGUAUCCCCUUGAUUGCGUUCGCUUCAAGACAUUGCUCAACUCCGACCAGAAACAGUACAGAAUCUUAGGCUGCCCGGAAAAAGCGUCGGCUCCAACAAUUGAGCAGCCGCAGCCGCAGCAGGCCCAGCCAAGUGCUCCAACUCUCCAGGACAGGCCGCUUAAGAAGCGCCAAACAAAUCCAGGCAAAUGGGAUUAUGCACCUCCACCGUCAACACCGUCACGAAGUCAAGAAUCUUCGAGUAGAAGGAGUGAUCAGCAACCGGAGCCACCUUCACCAUCUGUUCUGAGAGACAUCACUUCUAUCGUGCAGUCCGAAACGGCGCAUGUGCCUUCGAGUCAACUCAUCGAUAGAUCCGACAACGGAGAUUCCACUGUGUUGGGAGAAAGACCACUCUCCACGCCGGAAGAUGAACUGGAAAGUGUUAUAUCACAGCUUCAGCAAUAUAGGGACUUGCCGCUGGAACACGACGAGGACGAGUUGCCCGCGACGUCAGACUCAGUCGGUAUGGACUCAGAUGAAGAGAACGGUUCAGAAGAUGACAGGAGAAGAAAAACGAGAGCAGCCACAAAAGGCAGAGGACGAAAGGACCUAACGUGGGAAGACAAGUUUGCGUGUCACAGGGGAGGCACCAAGGGAGGGGACAAACAGAAUCCCAACAGCCGGACCAUCGAAAUCUUACAGCAAAUGUGCGAUUAUUAUACGCGGACAAACGACACAUGGCGCCCUAUCGCGUAUCGAAAAGCUAUCACGCAGUUGAAGCGCCAGCCUACAAAGAUCACUACGGCCGACGAAGCCAUUCGGCUACCUGGUGUCGGUCAAAGACUUGCAGACAAAAUCCAGGAGAUCGUUACCACAGACCGACUCAAGCGCCUAGAGCAUGCCGAGAGCGAACCCAUGGACGAGGUUCUCCAGACAUUCCUCAAGAUAUACGGCGUGGGCAGUGUUCAGGCUAGUCUCUGGAUUUCCCAAGGUUUCAGGACACUCGAGGAUCUCAAGCAGAAGGCCAAGUUGACCACGAACCAACGAAUCGGCAUCGAUCAUUAUGAAGAUCUCAACACUCGCAUUCCGCGCCGCGAGAUGAAGCUUCUCGGGGCUUUUGUGAGGUCUGCGGCGGCAGAGCUGGAUCCGGAUGUCGAGCUGAUCAUCAGCGGUAGUUAUCGCAGAGGUGCAGACAGCAGCGGGGAUAUAGACUUCCUCAUCACCAAAAAGGGAACGAAAUCAACUUCUGAGCUUGUCUCAUUCCUGAACGACCUGGUCAAAAUAUUGGAAGAGCGCAACUUUCUGGUUGCGAGGUUGGCAAGCUCAAGGGACGAGUUGGACGGCAGCAAAUGGCACGGCUGCUGCGCGCUGCCGCCUUUCAACGGAUUCAACGACCAGAACUAUCGCAAGGUCUGGAGACGUGUCGACUUUCUGCUCGUACCCGAGACGGAGAUGGGGGCGGCGCUGAUUUAUUUCACGGGCAACGACAUUUUCAACAGAAGCAUUCGUUUACUGGCGUCGAAGAAGGGAAUGCGACUCAACCAGAGGGGUUUGUACAAGGAUGUCAUGAGGGGCCCUGGUCGGGUCAAAUUGACCGAGGGAGAGUUGGUUGAGGGCCGGGAUGAGAGAAAGAUCUUUGAGAUCUUGGGAGUUAAGUGGAGAGAGCCACACGAGAGGUGGUGCUAG